GGAGACUCUGGUGAAACAGGAGAACCAGGCCCACAGGGAGACGUCGGCCCUCCAGGUCCAAGAGGAGAGCGAGGAGAGAAGGGAGAAGCUGGACCCGCUGGUUCUGCAGGGCCCCCCGGACCUAAAGGACCACCAGGAGAUGAUGGUCCUAAAGGAAGCCCUGGUCCAAGUGGUUUCCCUGGUGAUCCUGGUCCUCCUGGAGAGCCUGGUCCAUCUGGUUUGGAUGGUGCUCCUGGAGAUAAGGGUGAUGAUGGAGAGCCUGGUCAGCCGGGAUCCCCUGGACCUACUGGUGAAACUGGCCCCACUGGACCUCCAGGAAAGAGAGGGCCUCAUGGACCUGCAGGACCUGAAGGAAGACAGGGAGAGAAGGGUGCCAAGGGUGAAUCUGGUCUCCUGGGUCCACCUGGUAAGACAGGUCCAGUUGGUCCUCAGGGAAGCCCUGGAAAGCCUGGCUCUGAGGGUCUGAGAGGUGUGCCUGGACCAGUGGGAGAACAAGGACUGCCCGGUGCUCCUGGACCCGAUGGACCUCCGGGACCGAUGGGUCCUCCUGGACUGCCUGGACUGAAGGGAGAAACUGGGAUUAAAGGUGAAAAGGGUCAUCCUGGUCUCAUUGGACUCAUCGGACCUCCAGGAGAACAAGGAGAGAAGGGAGACAGAGGGUUGCCAGGUCCACAGGGAACUGCAGGACUCAAAGGAGACACUGGUAUUUCAGGACCAGCUGGACCUAUUGGACCCAUUGGACCUCCUGGUCUCCCG